ACACCUCAAGCAUGGAUGGUUAAACAUUUUUGUAACCGUUAGAAAUCAGAAUGGCCUGUCUGGCUACUAUCUUCUCUCCCAACACAUCAUUUUUGUAAAUCCUUCCCGCCAAAUCAAGAAAACAUGUCUCACAUUUCAACACGCUCUCUCCAGAAAUUCAUCGCAACCCAGAAAAGCUUCUCUAAAACCCCACCAAAACUCUGGCCCCAACUCAAUCACACCCACUCAAUAGACCACAAAGGCCUGCCCAUCUUAAAUCUGACCCACCCAAUCCUCCGCACAUUAGACACACACAAUGUAUCUCUACACAACUUCAAACAAGUCCAAGCCCAGCUCAUAGUUUCAGGCCUGUUUCAACACUCUCUUGCUUUUAGUCGUGUAGUUAAAAAGCUCUGUUCUUUACCCUCUGGAGUGAAUUAUGCAGUUGAGCUGUUUGAUCAUUUUGAUGAGCCUGAUGCUUUUGUUUGUAACAGUAUUAUAAGAUGUUUUGUGAAUUUGAAUGACCCUUUAAGUGGAUUGGGGUUUUAUUAUGAGAAAAUGGUGGGGGGAUUUGUGCGGCCUAAUCAUUAUAGUUUUCCGAUAAUUGUUAAGGUUUGUGGGGAGUUGGGGUGUGUUAGAGAAGGGGAAAAGGUUCAUGGGAGGAUUGUGAAACAUGGGUUUGAGUUUGAUUUGUUUGUGAGGAAUGCGUUGAUUCAUAUGUAUUGUGUUUGUGGGAGGGUUUGGAGUGCGGAGAAGGUGUUUGGUUUGAGUUGUGAGUUGGAUUUGGUGAGUUGGAAUUCGAUGAUUGAUGGGUAUGUGAAGAACGGGGAGGUGGGAUUGGCGCGGGGGUUGUUUGAUCAGAUGGUGGAGAGGGAUGUGGUUAGUUGGAAUUCGAUGAUUAAGGGGUAUGUGGGAGUUGGGGAUAUGGAGAGGGCGAAGGAGUUGUUUGAUGGGAUGCCGUGUAGGGAUUUGGUUUCUUGGAAUUGUUUGAUUGAUGGGUUUGCGAGGGUUGGGAAUGUUGUGGCUGCAUGUGAGUUUUUUGAUCAAAUGGCGGUUAGGAAUGUUGUGACAUGGAAUACUGUAUUGGCUUUGUACGUAAGGGUGAACAAAUAUGGUGAGUGUUUGAGAUUGUUUGAUAGGAUGAUGGCAGAAGGAGAAGUAAGUCCAAAUGAAGCUUCUAUUAUGAGUGUCUUGACUGCAUGUGCACACCUAACAGAUCUUGAUAGAGGAAAAUGGGUUCAUUCGUACAUAAAACAUGAUAAAAAUAUUAAGGCUGAUGUUUUACUCUUGACUGCUCUCUUAACAAUGUAUUCCAAAUGUGGGGCAAUGGAUUUGGCCAAAGAUGUCUUUGACGAGAUGCCUGACAAAAGCGUCGUGUCAUGGAAUUCGAUGAUCAUGGGUUAUGGAAUGCACGGCGAUGGAGAGAAAGCUCUUCGAAUAUUUAUGGAGAUGGAAAGGAGUGGCCAGAUGCCAAAUGAUGCUACAUUUGUGUGCAUUUUAAGUGCAUGUACUCAUGCAGGAAUGAUUUUGGAGGGCUGGUGGUACUUUGACAUUAUGCAUAGAGUCUACAAAAUUGAGCCAAAGAUUGAUCAUUAUGGUUGUAUUGUUGAUCUCCUUGGCCGUGCAGGUUUGCUGAAGGACUCAGAAGACGUUAUCAAAAAUAUGCCAAUGGAGGCAGGGCCUGCUUUUUGGGGAGCUUUACUUUCAGCUUGCAGGAGUCAUUCAAAUGUAGAACUUGGGGAAGUAGUGGCUAAGCGGUUGAUUGAUUUGGAACCAGAGGAUAUUGGACCAUAUGUUUUGUUAUCGAAUAUAUAUGCUGCAGAAGGAAGGUGGGAUGAUGUAGAUAAUGUGAGGAGGAGGAUAGUAGAAAAGGGUUUCCAAAAAGCUUCAGGGUCAAGUGUGUUUCAGGUUGGGGAUACAAGGGGUGAAUCUCUUCAAGUAAGCAGUUCCGUUCAUAAGAGAAGCAUGGUGUACUCCAUGUUAAGUGACAUGGGUACUCAGAUUAAAAUGUCUAGCAGAUACCGUCAAUGAUCAUGAUAUUUGAGGUUCAUUAGCUAACUCCUAUGGGAGAAGUUUGGGCCAUGGUUGUACCUAAUAGGCGCAAUAUGAAAUUUAAACUCAUGUGACAAAGCUAAGGCCUAAACUUAAGAGAGAUAUAAGCUAAGCGGAGCAACGGACUAGGUGGCUUUGCACUUGCCCGAGAUACGAUAAGUGGCUAUUGAGACCUUCCCCUUUGGAAAAAAAGUCCACUGAGCAGGCUUUGCUAUCCUUAUCUCAGAAAAUGCAAGAAAAACUAUUUGAUAAAUUCGUAAGUACUGCAAUGGUGCAACUUCAAACCCUUUGAUAACAAACUGAGUCUAGGACUAUUGAGAGGUUGGUGGACACUGUUACCGGGGAAAAGGUCUUGCUGCACAGCUGCAGUGUUCUCUUUUUUGUUCUCAUUCUUUUUGGUCCGCGUUCUUAUAAUUACAAUCCGUGGAUGUCAGAGAUUUCGUGUUAUCGCUAAGAAAUAUUUUGAGGAUGAUAAACAGAAGAAAGAGCAGGAUAUCAGCAACCUUGAUUGAUGAGUAGUAGUUUAACGGAUUGAGUGCUCAGCUCCAAAUAUUUUACAACUGAUAUCAAAUCUGCAAGUUACAAGAAUGAAAAUCACUCACAGAUAAGUUGCAUGCUCAGUCCUGAUAGUGAAUGCUGGCAAAUGGCAAACAAUAUUAUCAGUGUACGCAACUCGCAAGCUGAUUCGGCCGACCGAGAAGAAGUGCAGUGUGCAGGCAAGGUGAACCUCUGACAUCAGUACAUUGAGAUUUCUUUAUUUUUUGACGGAGAGAUAUAUUUAAAAAGAUGAACCUGACAUCCAUCCAUGUAUUGAGAUUAUUAUAUUUAUUUUUUUGCGGAGAAACCAAAUAUUUUAGU